CAAGCCAGCCCUAAUAACUAUCACAACCCACCUCACAGCUAGCGCCAACCACCAUCCCCUCGCCGGCCAUGGCACACUACCAGGAGGUGGACUACUGCUCGGAGGAGGUGAGGUCGGUCACCCCGGCCGGCGGCUACCUCCACCCCGGCGCCGGCGGCCGCCACGGCGGCGUGCAGCAGCACGUCGUCAAGGAGUCCUUCCAGGAGGUCGACAGGUCCGGCAGCUACGGCCACGGCCGUCGCCACAACCACAGCAGCCACGGCUCCGACUACCUGGUGGUGCGCGAGACCAAGGUCGAAGAAGACAUCAACACCUGCACCGGCGAGGUCCACGAGCGCAAGCAGAGCUUCCUGUACAGGUCCGACUGAUCGCCGACGAGCCGCCGUCCGUCAGCCAUGAACAACGUAUAUAUAUCUAUGUGUAUGCCCGUCGUCGUGCUGGUCAUGGUGGCUUACGUGUAUAUGUACCGUACGUGCGUAUAUACGUGAGUACGUACGUACACGGAGCUAGCACUCGUAUAGAAAUAAACUCGUGACCCGAAUAAAGCUUGCCCUAAUUAUCGCUGAUCACUUUUCUGAUGGACUA